AUGUCGUGGGAAUCUAUUGCCGCCAAAAAGCGCCAGGCUCUCAAGGAUGCCAUUCCCGCUGAAUGGAUCAUCCCUGCUGAGAUCUUUCCUCCCGAGGAUCAAUUAGACGUUACGGGCUUUCCAAAGGAGUCCGGUUUCUUUACGGAUCGCGAAUUGGAGAUUACGUCGACGCCUGCGCAGGCAAUACUCAAGUAUCUUUCUUCCGGACAAUGGACAGUGGAAGAGGUGACCAGGACUUUCUGCAAGACUGCGGCGGUAGCACAGCAAUUGACGAACUGCCUAUCGGAGAUCCUGUUCGACAGGGCCAUGGCCCAGGCAAAAGAGCUCGAUGCUUACUAUAAAGAGACCGGCAAAACAAAAGGCCCCUUCCACGGUCUUCCAAUCUCGAUCAAGGACAACUUCAAUCUGAUUGGCGUUGAUGCGACAGUCGGUUUUGCGUCACUGGUCGAUGAUCCGGCUAUAUACAAUAGCACGCUCGUCGAUCUUCUGCUUGGUGCUGGUGCGGUGCUGUACUGCAAGACCAAUGUACCUACCGGUAUGCUUGCCAAGGCACCUGAGAGAUUGGUGACUGACAAAUAUCUAGCGAUGAUGAUUGCCGAAUCAGUCAACAAUGUCUUUGGCCGGACAGUCAAUCCUCGCAACCGCAAGCUGACCUCCGGGGGCUCUUCUGGCGGAGAAAGUUCACUGAUUGCCUUUGGCGGUAGCAGAAUUGGCGUUGGUACCGAUAUUGAUUUUCCAUAUCUAGGCGGCUCGUUGCGCAUCCCGGCCGCCUGCACAGGCAUCUUCACGAUCCGUCCCUCCUUCGGCCGCUUCCCGAACUUCCAAACCCGCUCCGGCCUUGCCGGUCAAGAAGCAGUGCACAGCGUCAAUGGACCGAUGGCGAAAACACUGGAGGAAAUCACCCUAUGGGCUAGCACAGUCGUCGGCCAGCAACCAUGGCUCAUCGAUCCCAAGUGCCUACCGAUCCCAUGGCGCCAAGUCGAAAUGAAGAAACCUCUUAAAAUAGGUGUCCUUCACCACGAUGGACUAGUAACGCCUACUCCCCCUGUUGCCCGUGCACUCAGCGAGACAGUGCAGAAGCUGAAAAACGCCGGUCACGAGGUUGUCACCUGGGCGCCAAGAGAGCACAAGGAGCUCCUGACCUUACUGUCGACAUUCUUCGUCGCGGACGGAGGAAAGAGUGUGCGAAAACUGCUCGAGCCAACGGGGGAGCCGUUCCGCCCUGAGAUGAAAGCAUACGAGGAAUCCUCAGAGCUCGGCGUCCAUGAGAUGUGGCAGCUCCAUCUGAAACGGAAUGCUCUGUGCAAGUCGUACCUGGAUCGGUGGAAUGAAACCGGCAUUGAUGCCGUGCUAUGCCCAGCAACACCCUACAGUACCGUCGAGCACGGCAAAUUCGCCUACGUCGGAUACACCGGUGUCUUCAACGUGCUCGAUUACCCCGCCGUCUCGUUCCCGUGUGGCGUCAAGGCGGAUAAGGAGCUCGACAAGGCUUACGUGAACCAUCAAGCGCUCAGCGAUCUCGAUGCGCAGAUUCAGAAUGAUUAUUCCGCGGAGACCGUCCACGGCAUGCCGGUGAAUCUGCAGCUUGUUGGACGUAGACUUGAAGAUGAGAGUGCGUUGGCCAUGACGGAUGUUAUACUCAAGGCUGUCGCUGCCAUGAAUGGGACGGUAUAG